AUGAAGACUGCUGCCUAUGCUCUCCUGGCUGCGGCCGGCGUGGAGCAAGUUGCUGCCACUUUCCACCUUGGAAGCUCCUGGACUCAGGCCGCGGCCUAUAGCUGCCCCGGAAACACCAACAACCAGUGCAACCCCGACAUGCAGGGUGGCUGGAACUUUGGCAACUUCCCCAUCGGCCAACUCGGACAGUUUGGUGGAUUCGACUUCAGCGGCUGGUCCUGCGAGAACGACUUCAGCAAGCGUGACAACCUCCUGAGUGCUCGCUCCUUUGGCUCUACCGGCCGCUCCAUCGUCGGCUCCUGCACUGCCGAGAAGGAGACCUCUCCGUGCAUCACCGCUGGCGAGGGCACUGGACACUUCUCUGUCGACACCUUCUCCAUCUCCCCCGAGUUUGACUGUCGUCUCGAGUUCCACUACGGCAUGCCCGAUGGCUCUACCUGCAAGCACUCUGCUCAGUGCUCGUCCCAGGGAACCACGGUCAAGAACACCCAGUGCGGUGGUGCCAAGUCCGUGACCAUUGUCUACCCCAACAGCGGCAAGUCGUCUUGCAAGACCAAGGUCCACCACAUCGGCUGGGACUGCGGCAACAAUGCUCCUCCGCCAUCCCACUCGCAGCCUGCCUACACGCAGCCCGCCUACACUCCUCCCUCCCACCACUCCAAGCCCCCUCACUCUCAGCCCGCCUACACUCCCCCCUCUGGAGGAUCUCACCACCACUCGCACUCCAAGCCCGGCUACUCUCUGCCUCCCUAUGGCGAGACAACGACUGCUCCCGCCGGUGCCGAGACGACUACUGCUCCUGCUGGAACCACCACUGCCCCUGCUGGCGCUGAGACUACCACUGCUCCUGCUGAGACUGCUCCCGCCACAACCACUCCCUAUGGCAACACUCCUCCCACUGGAACCACCGACGUUGUUGUGAGCACCUCCAUCAUCCCCGGCGGAACUACUACUGCUCCCGCUGGCGCCGAGACCACCACUGCUCCUGCUAGCGUCGAGACUGAGACCGAGACUGAUUGCACCGAGACUGAGACCGAGACUGCUCCCGCUGGAACCACCACUGCUGCUGUCGAGACUACUCCUGCUGGAACCACCACUGCCGCUGUCGAGACUACUCCUGCUGGAACCACUGCUCCCGCCACCCAGUCUGUCUACACCACCGUCUUCCAGAGCACCUCUACCGUCUUCACUACCAGCGUCCACACCAUCACCAGCUGUGCUCCCGAGAUUACCAACUGCCCGGCCAGAACCGACAAGCCCGUCGUCACCACCGUGACUGUUGCUGUCAGCACCACCAUCUGCCCCGUCACCGCUACCAUCACCGCUGGUGCUCCUCCUCAGCAGACCUCCGGAGCCGCCGCCGCUACUCAGCCUGCCUCUGGCACUGGCUCUGGCUCCCCCCCUGCCGACUCUGGCCUUCCUUGCCCCGAUGUCCUGCCCAAGUGCAUCAACACCUGGCUGCCUCUUGUCCCCAACUGCAAGAACAACGCCGAUGCUUCUUGCUACUGCCCCAGCAAGGACCUCGUCACCAAGGUCUUCGACUGCAUCUACGCCAACGGCCAGAACGAUGACGAUGUCGCUGCCGCCAUUGUCUUCUUCCAGGGUGUCUGCGCUGGCUACGCCAGUUCCAACCCUGCUGUUGCUACCGGCGCUGAGACCAUCACCUCCAUCAUCACCGUGACUGGCACUCCCUACGCUGUCCCCACCGACUACACGACUAUUACCGUUGCCACCACUGUCACCGAGCCUUGUGUCUCUGCCGGCAGCACCAUCACCGGCAGCAGCACCACUGUCUACGUCUCAACUGCCAUCACCGUCCCCCAGGUCAGCAUCACUGCCGCUCCUCAGCCCAGCUAUGUUCCUCCUGCGCAGUCUGCCCCCGCAGUCACUGCUCCUGUCGAGAGUGCUCCCGCCGCCAGUGCCCCUGCUGCCCCCGUUGAGAGUGCCCCUGGCGCUGCCCCAACUCUGGUUACUCCUCCUGUUGCGGCCCCCCCUGCCGCCACCGGCACCGGCACUGGCAUUCCCAUCCCUCCCGUUAGCACUGGCAUCCCCAUUGUCAACGGAGCUGGCCGCCUCGGCGCCGGUAUGGGCCUGGGCUUCGCCAUCAUGGCCGCUGUUGCUGCUUUGUAA